AUGGAUGAAAGCAACGGUUCAAUCCAUCGAUGGUUGGCAUGCUUGGAGGGCCCCCCACAAAGUUACCACGAUAGAGAUGAGAAGCAGAACCAACAUACAAACGGAGGAAUCGCGCAAAAUUUUUCGCACAUGCAAUUAGAAGGAUCGAAUUUGAAAGGGCUAGGACAUCCAUCCUUCAGAAAAAGGAAUGCGGAUCAGGUUGACAAAACCAACACAUCAACUCCUGAAGAAGUUCUACAAAAGAGACCCCGAAAAAACUAUGAGUUGAGAUGCAGACACAAGACUCGGGAAGAUCACUACGAGUACAAGGGUCCCUCGUCGGUGGUUGGAUCUCAAUCGCAGGUUGCCAAAACCAAGGCUAAGAAGUCCCGAAGAAGGCACACCGUGAAUGAUGAUUUCCAUGCCAUUGAUGUCACUAAAAACAGAUUAACGUUGCGCAACAACACGAAUUUGGGUAUCUUCAGCAAGGGCAAGACCUCUUCAACAACCCACCCCCGAGCCAGUCCGCCAAUCUCUCGUACGAACGCUGGGCCAAGCAAGAAGCCCCAUAAGCAGAAGCUGAGUACUGAUCUGCCUUUCUCCGAGAUGAUGUUCACGUCAAACGUCUCGUUAGGAAAAAAGAACAUCGGGCCGGAUUUCAUAUUUUCGCCUACCGGGAAUACUUUGUUUGAGGCUCAAGGAAAAGAUCGUAAUGAAACAUGCCCACCUCUCGAACACUAUUUACCUAAUCUUUCAAAGGCUGAAGUGCCUCAUGUCAACAUACCUCUUGCAGCGGGACAACGAGAAGCCUUUCACCUGCCACCACGUUCACUUCAUGAUCUCGAACUUCCUUCCCAACACACAUCAAAGGUCGAUGUCUUCAACUUAAACAAGCCUCUGGAUAAAAGGCAGCCCGAGGAGCCUUACUCAUCACACCCUCUGUUGAAAGAUCCCGAACAUUCUCUACGUAACUCACCAAGAGUCGGCAUGUUGAUCAACACCAUACAACAGGAGAUUUCUCACUCGCCGUUACCUUCGAGGCGUGAUCGGUCCUCCUCCCUUCAUCUUCCUCAGAAGAAGAGAAAGGUCUCGGAAGACUCUCCAUCCAUCAUUCCAUACACUUGGACUGAAACCGAGGAUGACAACACAGAAAGAGAACAUGCUCUCGAACGACACCUGCUCGCUUCGAUGCAUGUUGGGAUGGCCCCUGAAGGCAUAUCCAACGAGAUUUCUCAUUUUGUUUUCACCGGAAAGUAUUGGAAUCUUUCAGAGUUGUGGACACUUCUGGAAGAAAGAAAGGUGGUAUGGUCGAACGAGGCCAGCGGGCAACAAGCUGCACUGGGCAAACAAACCACGUCUCAUAUCAUUGCGCAAAAUUCCUCUGCUCUUUUCGAUGUUGAUGAUAUUCAUGAUGAGGUUGCCAACCAGAGCGAACAACCGGAGAUCGCAGUUGAAACAGGCUACAACACGUACAACAGUGUAUCAGUCCAAGAUUCAGUUCCGCGCAAUAGCAAAGGAUUUACACACCAAGGUCUGGAAAAGGAUGAAUCGCUGAUGCUAUCAGAAAAAGUCCUCGAGACAUACGGCGGGAAUAAUGAAUCAACAUGCCGUCAGGAUGACCAACAGCACUUGACUGUCACUAGGAAAUGCGCAGACGAGCAAUUACUUACUGCCUUUGCAUCGGAAUUCUCGCGUUCAUCCCUGGAUGACAUCGAUCUACAUGGACUUAGUCGAGUUGAGGAUGAUGAUAUGUUCUAUGAAACACUGGAUGCUGUCUACCACGCUAUAGUGCGCUCUGAAGUUGCUGCAGAGGUUGCAUCAAACCUGCAGGAGCUACUGACAUCCCCUGACCAUAACAACCCAUUUCGCCUACAAGGGCUGCCCCAUUCAACUCCAUUUGCAAGCCCUCAAAAAAGCCUUCCGGAAAAAGGGACACGCGAACCAACUUUGUCGGUACCGGUCCCGGAACACAUCAACCAAAAGUUGGCGUCUGAAACGGUACCACCUGAGCCUUCCAAUACUCACGAAGUAUUCACGUGUCAUGACGAUGAAAGUUUCUACGGCCCGAGUACACAUUUACCUUGGUUAGCUGCCAACGAGCCUCAAUCGCACAGCUCGAUGACAAACCAAAUCGGGCAGAUAUCUGGCUUUUGGCGGCAGAACAAGCUUUAUUGA